CUGGGCCAAGAAGGAGCGACUGGUUAACACGCAUUAUUAUUAUUGAAUUUCCGUCGAAGCUUUCGGACAAACCCCCAAUUACUGGGCAAUCAUGGGGAGGCGGUGUGAGACAGCUCUCCUGUCCCUUCUCAUUAUGUCUCUCCUGACUACUGAAUUGACAUGGGCUAAAAGGGGUGGCAGCAGCAGCAGCGGCAGCAGCAGGACCAGCACCAGGACUUCAUCUACCAGCAACAAGGGUGGGACAUCUAAACCUGGAAGCUCUUCCAACCGAAACACCAAUCCUUAUCCUUCUGGUGGAAGCUACCCGGGAGCAGGCAAUACAAAUCAAGGAGGAUAUCCCAAACAAAACCCAGCCGGUAAUCCAGGAGCCGGUAGUUACCCCAACCAGAAUGCUGGUAGAGUAAACCCUGGAGGUUAUCCAAACCAGAACCCUGCUGGCGGCUAUCCAGCUGCAGGUGGUUAUCCUGCUGCUGGAGGUUAUCCCAACCAAAACCCAGCGAGAGGGAAUUAUCCAAAUCAAAAUCCAGCAGGUGGAUACCCAGCAGCAGGUGGAUACCCCAACCAGUAUCCAGGCAGGGGUGGUACCAACCAAGGAGGAUAUCCUAACCAGUACCCAGCUGCAGGAGGCUACCCAGCAGCAGGAGGCUACCCAGCAGCAGGAGGCUAUCCUAACCGGUACCCAGCUGCAGGAGGCUACCCAGCAGCAGGAGGCUAUCCUAACCAGUACCCAGGGGGUGGUUAUCCAGUCAGAGGGGGAAAUACAGGACAGGGUUGGGGUGCGCCUGCUGGGAAUCCAGCGGGGGGUUACGCAGGUGGUUACCCGGGUGGUUACCCCAACUGGAACCCAAACAAUAAGAUUCUCAGUCCCCGCUAUGGUGGAGGAGGCUAUGGAUAUGGCGGUCAAGGGAUGGGAGGGUCUCCUUUCUCUCGUUCUGUGGAGACUAUGGGAUACAAACCCAAGUCUUCAAAUUUUGCCAAGAAAGCAAUGUUGGCCGCAGGCGUUGGUGCUGUGGCUGGAAUGGCUGUUGGGUAUGGACUGGGGCGUUUCCCUCGACCACAUUUCUCUUUCCGCAGCCCUGAAGAAGAGUACUACUACAACAACUACAUGUAUCGUCGUUAUGGCACCAAAUCCACAGAUCAAAAGGACUUUGGUCGUGAUUACGAGUACAAGCCUCCACCACGGGCAGAGUCUUAUGAAAAAUUCAUGGAUUCCUGUAUGAACAGGACUGACCUUCUUAAAGAUCAGGCCACCAGCUCUCCUUCUAAUGGCAGUCAGAGCGGAGGCAACAAAGAGGAUGAUGACACGGUCGGCAUUGAAGAGAUCGGAUACCCCGCCUUAAUUGAGCAAAUGAAGGCCCGGCGUUGUGUUGAGCAGUACAUGGUCUACUCUGAGCGUUUCCUCCAGGAACGAAAAGCUGAGCCACAGUUCCAGCAGAGUCGCAGCAGUCCCCUGAGCUACGGGAUGAUUCAGCUUUUCUCCUCCCUCCUGAUGCUUGUGUUCAGCAUGCUCCUGCUCCAGUGAGAACAAUAUAAUCUUUACUUUCACCUCAUCCUGUGUGGAUCUUAUGUCCUUUAUUAUAUCUGUACAUCCACAUAAUGCUAACCUAAAUCUUCUCCAUCACACUAACAAUUGAGGUAUGCUUUCAAGAUCUUUGGGUCAAUAUAACCAGAGAAAACCAACAAAAGGUUACAAAACGUUGAUGUGUACAUAUUAAGUAAAUGAAUACAUUUCAAGAGGCGUCGGAUUUUAAAGUGGAACUAUCAGAUUUAUGUUGUACAAGCUGCACUACUUUUUUUUUUUUUUCAAGAAUUCAUGUUGCACCUCUGUUAUUUGCACUUUUUCACUCCUCAUUAUUAAGCACUGAAUGCAUAGAGACAUAUUCAGGGUAUUUUAUUUCAGUUUUUGUGGAAAUGUAUUACGACAAUAUAUAUCUGCUACUGUGUAAAAUAGGAAUGUGACACUAAGAAUUUUAUAUAUGUACAGAAACAUCCAACUAACAUCAUAACAUCAUACCUCCACCCUUUCAUCUGUACUGAACUGAAUCUAACUGGCUGAUUUUCCAGUAGCUUUAAUAUGCUUUAAACGGAAGGAACUUUCAUUUUCAGUGUUUUUCAGCUUUUAAGGAAACUGAACUGAUUAAAAGUGAACUUUCAGAGCACAUUUCCAGAAUGUAGCAAAGGGUGUAAUGUGAUGUUUGGAAAAGGGAACUAAAUAAGGCAUAAUUCUUUCAGUUGGUUUUCAGACACCCCCCCCCCCCCAAAGGAAAGGAGGAAUACAUUUGUCUAAGUAAUUUGCCAGUAACACACAGUAAUGGGUCUGUGAAGCCUUCCAUAGUGUUUGGCUUUGCGAGGAGAUUAAGAUAAUGUAUUUGCACAUAGUGGUGCAAACAUUUAUCCCUAAUAGUGUUAAAUAAUUGAAAGAUAUUCCCCUGAAUUACUUCUUGUAAUCCAUUAUUAAAUCAGACUUUUCUCAUAACCCACACAUUUGUAAACAUCCUUUAAACCAUACACAUCUGUUUAAGAACUGAGGGCUUCCCUUUGGACAAAUGUUUUGCUAUCCUACAAUAAACAGUCAAAGACGGGAAAAUAAAAUGUGUUUGAAGACGUCCUCAGAGGAAAUGAUUCCUUCUGCUCGGGUUUAUGAUACUCACAUGUCAUUUGUUAGUCAGCUGCCUGGAAAAUCCUAGAUUGCAUGUAAUAACCCUCGACAGAAAAAAAAGAACACGUGUCCUCUGAUGAUGGUCAGAAAAAUGAUGCCAUUAGAUGUUUCGUGGCCGUCGAGAACAAUAGGUGCACUUGUUGUCGCUUUUAAUCUGUGCAGUGCGAGGCCGGUGGAAGCUGGGGUUUUAUUUAGUUGUUUUGUCAGCUGAGGACGUCCACAACAAUUCAAUGCUUUAAUCUUAGAUUCUUGCUUCCUGGCUCUUUUACUGUGCAGCUAACUAAUUGGAAACACUGGCUUAAAAUUUCCUGGAAAAGGGGAAUUGUAAAUGGAAUAAAAUACAAAGAGGAAAAAGGGUGUAUACUUUAUACUCCUGUUGCUGUUGCUGCACUGGAACAUUUAAAAAGUCAUACUGCUGUCUGGGUUGGAAGAUUUAGCUGCUGCCAACCUUGGUUUCAUGUUUCCAGGCGUAUUCUUACAUUUGCAGAGACACUCACAUUUUCCAGACUAUCCAGGCUGCCUGGUAGGGAGCUGGCUUCUAUGUCUGUGUGUGUUUUCCUCUCAUCUCUCUCAUCUUCCCAUAACUCAGUGAGAUCCGCAGUCAUAGGUCAGGUGUUGAUGGGCUUGUAAAUCCCUGUAUUUCCCCAAACUCUACCCUCCCUCUGGCUGUCAUUGUGUGUGCCUCUCAAAUAAUGACUUGGAAAAUGUGUUUGUAAUGUUUGUAACUCAGAUGUUUUAUUUGACUGCUGUAUUUAGUUUAUUUGGUUAGUUUAGGCUGCUUUUAGUAUUAUCUGUACUUUAUUAGUUUGUGUAUGUUAUCAUUUCAGAUGAUUUUUUUUCUUUAUCUGGCUUUACUAAUAAAUUAACUUUGUAUGCUCUCAAUGAUGCCAUUUUUACAGGAGUUUCAUUUGUUCAUUUUAAAUUGAUGAUGAUGAUUACUGGUUAUUUCAAACUGCCAGAGUACUCCUGCAUAUGUAGUCAAAAUGAAAAGUCAAUUGUUGUGCUGCCCAAAAUAUUUGUAAUGCUGUUUUAUUGUGAUGGCCCUUGAUUUGGUUUCUAUCCAGCCACUUGUACUGCACAUUUCUCUUUAACUAUUUUAAUAUCCUUGUAAAUCAGUUUUAAUAUUCCAUCUAGGGUUGUGGCAAAAUGUUUUUAUUCAAUUUGAAAUUACAGUUUUGACAUUUUCAUACAAACUAGGCUGUAGAAUAUCUGUAAAGUGCACUUAUUUCCCUUCAGGAUUGGAUAUUCUGGAUAUGUGUCAUUGAGUUCAUACUGAAAUAAUAUGUCAGUCUACUGGUUUUGACUUGCAACUGUAAGCGCUUUGAGUUAUUCAUCAGCUGAUAUGACUAACAUGCUUUAAUGUGGUUUGUCAUGAAUGUGUAUGUUAAAUAAAAUAUG